UGCUGUGUUUUGGCCAGAAGUCGAAGUGAGUGAUUAAUGCCGCUACAGAAUAGCAUCGAAAUCAAUGCACUUCUUUGACGGAGACGGCGAACUGAUGUACUAACGUCGACGUCGUUUCGCAUUCGAUAUCUCCAAAUCCAAAUCCAAAAUCGUUGUCCGUGAAUCCUCGUGAGCUGUGGGAAAAUUCGAAGUAGAGAGAAGCUAGAAGUGGCUAAGAGCGACAAAUCGUAGCGGAUCGCUGUUUACUUUAUUUUAUGUCAUCUACUGAAAGUUUGACGGGUAGGACGAUCAUUACGAGAGAGGUGAGCCAGACGCCAAAACUGUGAGAGGACGUGCGUCGUGUUAUCGAAGCAAGUAGAUUCGACUUGGUUUUAGAACGAUUGUCAGGGUAUGGGUAAGCUGUUCUCGCUUGUUCUGAUGAUCAUGCGAUGCGCAUGUGAAUGCGUCGUAUUGUUGCAAAGAAGUCAUUAUUAUGAUGGGCGAGGAUUAGGAUUCCCACCAAACAGCUCCUAGUUGUACAACUACGGGAGUCGCAGACUGAGCUUUCCGUGAACAGUAGUAGAAACUUACUUUAUUGUUCUUUGCCACGGGUUCUUGUUGAGUAAAACAGCAAGAGCUGGACAAAAUGUCGUCCUCUACUUCGGCAACGUCACUAGCAGAUCGAAAACUAAUUGAAGCGAGGAGCGCAGUAGAGGAUGCUCACGAGUCCUGGGUCGCCGUGGUGCACGUAGCUCAGACUUUCGCAGAAUCGGAGACGAAGAAAUUGAUGGCGGCACGACCAGCAACAAGAUUUGGAAGACUUGCACCAGCUGCUGAACUAGUACGGCUAACAAGUAGAUAUACGGCUAGUCGUGUUCGUGUAGGCCUAGAGGAAGAGGACGCGCGGAAAGAGGCAGAGCUGAAACGCGCGACAGACGCCUUUGAAGCAGCCAAAGUGGUAAUGGAUCGCUUCCUCGGUGACAAGGCGACGGCUGAGGCUGCAACUAGUGGCUUGACGGCGACCGCGCAGUGGCUUCUGCAAAGAACAGUACCCACAACAAGUAGUAAUCUCGAGCAGUGGCUAAAUGACGAACACAAAGCUGCCGAGAAAAGGCAACAGGUGGCACAAAAACAAGCAAAGAAGGCGUCGACCGACGAGUGCUUUGCAAAAAAGUACAAGAAAAAUGUCACUAAGGAAAUUUCGAAGCAGAAAAAAGUCCAACUCGAAGAUCCACACAACAAAGGAUUCCCAGUGCUAGAUAACAAAAAUGCGGAAAUGUCCGAAGAAGCCGAGAAAAGAAGGCAGAAAUGUAGUCGAGAGGCGGAAGACGCCAGAAAGGAACUCGAAUACGCCAGUAAUUACAUCCAGAAGUUCCUCCAGCUCCAACAGAUCCAAACCCUUUCAAUUGAUAUUGAGCGUUCAAGCUCCUCAGCAUUUCUGCAGCCAGUCGUCGAUGCUUCCCCUUCUAGCUCAACUUCCACGGGAUCACGUCUGCUUCAUUUUCGCGAUCCGAUCGCCUUAUUCUGCGGGGCUGUGUUGGCUUUCUGCAUCUUCUUCUUGUGGAAAUUCCUGCGAAAGCUCAUCAAUGGACCACCAACAAAUCGUGGACAUGGAGUGAAUAUUACUACUACAGAAGAUGAAGCUACCUCCAUCUCCUCCAAGAAUCUGCCGCAGGAAUAUCAGGCGACGUCAACAUCUUCCAAGGCGGAUGUCUAG